AUCAGUACGAGUCACUUAUCACUUCACGAUCCCGACGCCGAGUUUGCCGACGCGGACGCACCCGAGUUUGACGAACCGUUGCCGGCGUUGGGAACCGCCAAAGCUCUCUAUGUUUUUGAAGCUCAAAGUGAAGGCUCAAUACCGAUGGGUGAGAACGAAGAGUUCGAAGUGGUAGAGCUGGAUCAGGGAGACGGGUGGACACGAGUCCGACGCCGAGACCACGAAGAAGAA